CUUCGCAGAUAUCUGUUUCGAGGCUUUUGGGAAACAUUGGAUUACCCUCAAUGAAGCUAACAUGGUGGCUCAAUAUGGCUACUACAGUGGAAUAUGGCCACCAAACCGAUGCUCUCACCCUGCAGGCAAUUGCAAAGCUGGAAACUCUGACUUAGAACCCUACAUUGCUGCUCAUAAUAUGAUAUUGGCGCAUGCCACAGCAACUGAAAUUUAUAGAAAGAAGUAUCAGGAAAAACAAGGAGGGAAGAUUGGCAUUGUACUGCAUUUCUAUUGGUAUGGGCCAUUGAGAGACAUUCCAGCCGAUCGUGUGGCUGCUCAACGAGCUCUAGGUUUCAUUGCGGCUUGCAUGGAGAAGACAAUAAUGUACUUCAAAGAUGGAUACAACAACACGCCCAUGUACAUAGAACGGAUAUGCACAGCCUAGUAGCAGAAACAUUGAAGAUAUGCUCAAUGACACGAACAGGUUAAAGUACAUGCAGGGUUAUCUCGCAAUAAGGAAUGGAGCAGAUGUGAGGGGGUUACUUCCAUUGGUCUCUAAUAGAUAACUUUUAGUGGACUUAUGGUUAUACAAUAAGCUUCGGAUUGUAUCAUGUAGACCGCACAACAAUGCAGAGAACACCAAAAAGAUCAGCCAAAUGGUUCCAGCAUUUCCUAAAAAAUGAAUCUACUUCCUCCAUGCUCGAGAAUCGCAACAGAACAAUAUUGUGCGAAUGUUCAUUCAUUUAUUUAUCGAUGUCAUCCCAUGUACUAUAAUAUUCAAGCUUCUA